ACCCAACCAUUGAAAUUCACUUCAAAUUUGGAGCAUACAACCGAUGUGGGUAUAAAUUGGUUUCGAAUAAAAUUGAAUAAAAUUGAUGCGAUGGAAUCCAAGUCCAAGCGGCGAUCCCCAACAAUCAGUACUCAUGAAGGAGAAGUUCCUGGAAAGUCCACCCACCCUGAGGACUCGAAAAUUACAGCUAAUCACUUCGCAAAUCCCACAAAAAUAACUUCCAUCAAGAGCCCCAUCAAGAACUCCGAAGAACCAUCGAUGAAGCCAGAAUCCAAGAGAGCUAUUGCCUCCAUAUGGGACAUAGAAUCCGCAGGAGGGGAUUCAAUGCUAAGUCAUUGUCAAAGUGAAGGUAACGUUGAAGAUCAAGGUCAGGAGCAAGAGGUCAUGUUGGAGACUAGCAUAUUUACUGGAACCUCAGAACGCAUUGAACCGCACCGACAUUACGGCGUCUAUUUGUUACGCAACCGCUUCGACGCAAUACAAUUGCUCACCAGGAAUACGAGCUCCAGUGCGGAUGACUACGGCGAGCAGAGGGUCAUUUCGGAAUACCGGGAAAUGCGCUGUGAAUUCCGAGUCUGGUCUCCCUUCCAAUCCAAACUGGCAGCUGGAAUAAUGGGUGGUGUCAGUGAUUUGCAUCUGCAAAUUGGCUCAAAGGUCCUAUACUUGGGAGCUGGAUUUGGUCGAUCGGUGUCCCACAUCUCGGAUAUAGUGGGUGAAUCCGGAAUGGUUUAUGCUGUGGAGCAGAUUCCUUGGGCUGGUAGUCAGCUGACCGUACUGGCCAAUCGUCGUUCAAAUAUCGUACCCAUAGUCGAGGACGCUACCAUGCCAUAUAAAUACCGUUAUGAGGUUCCCGCCUGCAUUGACAUUAUCUUCGCUGAUCUUCCGCCUUCGAUUCUCAUUCGAGCUCUGAUGCUAAACGCUAGACACUUCCUGAACCCCGGUGGUCACUUUGUGGCCUAUUUACAUUCGCCUAAUAGUCAAGGUGUGGUUUUUAAUAAGGAUUCCUUUGCCGCCGAGAGGAGACUCUUAAAGGAGAAGCAGCUGGAACCAAAAGAAAUGGUUCUAUUGGAGCCCUUUAAGGCCGGUUAUGCCUUUGUUGUGGGCGUGUACACACGUAAGGAUGUUUCCUUGUAGAUAUAAUUAUACAUGUUUCAUGUUACUUAAAAUCAUUAAUAAAUUUAACCUUUGCGUUG